GUCCUUCUCGCUUCUAAUCUUACCCGUAGUCAUAACGGCGAACGGAUUCACACCGAACGACUCUUGAGACCGACGAGAAGUUGACCGAAGAACUACACUUCGGCACCAUGAUAACUUUACCCAGCUUAUUUGUUAGUUUCCCACUUUUUGCGGCGGGCUUUCUUGCCGUUUCAGUCUUCACCGCGAGCGCUGACUACUGUGAAGUAAAUGUGUGUUUGAACGGAGGAACCUGUGUGACCGGAGCGGGAAAAGAUCCCUUUAUCUGCAUUUGUAAUGACGGCUUCACUGGACACAACUGCAACGAGACAGAGAUUGGGCCCUGCAACCCAAACCCCUGUAAAAACGAUGGUGUCUGUGAGAUCAUCGCCAACUCCCGCCGAGGAGACGUCUUCAGCGAAUACGUCUGCAAGUGCCCAAAAGGCUUCGAUGGAAUCCACUGCCAGAACAAUGUGAACGACUGUGCCGGCCAGCCCUGUCAGAACGGAGGGAUCUGUCGAGAUCUUGAUGGCGAUUUCACCUGUAAAUGUCCCUCACCGUAUGUGGGAAAGCACUGCCAACUGCGAUGCAUCUCUCUGCUGGGAAUGGAAGGAGGAGGCAUCGCAGAGUCUCAGAUCUCCGCCUCCUCGGUGUACUACGGCAUUCUGGGACUGCAGCGCUGGGGGCCCGAGCUGGCCCGACUGAAUAACAAGGGACUUGUUAAUGCUUGGACCUCUGCGACACAUGACAAGAACCCCUGGAUGGAGAUCAACCUACAGAGGAAAAUGCGUUUCACUGGCAUCAUUACCCAGGGUGCCAGUCGCAUGGGCACAUCCGAGUUCAUCAAAGCCUUCAAGGUGGCGUCCAGUUUGGAUGGGCGAACCUACACUAUGUACAGACCUGAGGGCCAAAACAAAGACAUGAUCUUCGUUGGUAAUAUUGACAACGAUGGGACAAAGACCAAUUUGUUUGACCCUCCAAUCAUCGCUCAGUACAUACGAAUCGUUCCUGUUGUGUGUCGUAAAGCCUGUACCCUGAGAGUGGAGCUGGUGGGCUGUGAACUCAACGUGUAUUUGAACACGACAGGUUGCUCCGAGCCGCUAGGUAUCAAGUCACGGCUGAUCGAUGACAGGCAGCUGACGGCUUCCAGCUCUUUCCGCACCUGGGGGAUCGAGGCGUUCACCUGGCACCCACAUUACGCUCGUCUGGACAAGCAGGGCAAGACCAACGCCUGGACAGCGGCCACCAAUGACCGCUCAGAGUGGCUGCAGGUGGAUCUGCUCAGACCAAAGCGCAUCACAGGGAUCAUCACGCAAGGGGCCAAAGACUUUGGCAAUGUGCAGUUUGUGUCCGCCUAUAAAGUAGCUCACAGUGAUGACGGCAAGUACUGGACCGUACUCAAAGACGACAAGACAAAAACAGAUCAGAUUUUCCCUGGCAACAGUGACAACAACGUGCACAAAAAGAACGUGUUCGAGCCCCCCUUCUACGCGCGAUUCGUCCGCGUCCUGCCGUGGGCGUGGCAUGAACGCAUCACCCUGCGAAUGGAGCUUCUGGGCUGCGAUGAGUAGAACUCCUCCUCUCUCUCUCUCUCUCUCUCUCUCUCUCUCUCUCUCUCUCUCCUCUUUUAUACUUCCCUCCAUUCCUUCUUCCUUCAUCCACACCUGCACUGCCUCACUCUUAGCAACAGAGGGCACCAUCACCACACGACUCUGCACUGCGAGGGGACUGAUAUCACGGCGGAAAACCCACAGUGUGAAGCGUUUAGCAUUAAAUGUUUGCUAACGCGAGUCUGACUGCAGUGGCCCUUUGAAGAUGAAGUUAUUGCUAAUUUGUAUUAAUGUUAAUUUGCCCUAGAUUAGGAAAUGGCUUACUAACCGAAGUAAAUAGUCACAAACAAUUGGAAAGAAGUAAUCCUGUACAUACCAAAUGAGUCAUAAUUUAUUUAUUUUCACAUAAUUCGGUGUGUUAGUUUGGUUGUGAAUGCAGUCAAGCUGUUUAUCCUAUGGAGUAGUGAUGAAUCUCACAAUAUUGUUGUGCUCUGCGCUAGUAUAAUGAUAGUUUCCAUUUGAUCAUGUUUCUUCUUUUAAAACAAUAUUUGCUUUAAAUCAACUAUGUUUUUUUAAGACUAAUGCAUUUGUUUAAACCUCAUCACACCUAAAUAUGAAAUGGGAUAGUCAAUCAUCUAUUAUCAGUUUUGUUGUGAAUUUGAUGCCUUGGCCAGAGAUGCCACGGAUCUCAGGUGCAGUUGAAUCAAAUGCAGUGUGCUACUGAUUUUUGAAUUUUGAAUUUUAUUCCAACAUAAAUCUGAAAUAAACCUUUUUUUGUACAGAAAAAGUACUCUUAAAAACCAAAGUGGUCUCGUUUUUGCAAAUGGAUAAUCUGUUUUGUUUCUUACAGUAGAAGCUUUAGCUUUGACAUGAACCGUCGCUGGCUUGGUCGCAUAAUAAGAUGCGGGGACGGGUGCGAAUCUAAUUUAGAAUAAUUUCUACGGUGGCACUGAAUCUCUGAUAUGACCGUCCAAUCUACAUAAUGUUUUCAAAAUGAUGCAUUGUGAACCACCCCCCUCCCCCCAAUCCUUCCACUCGAAUAAAUUUACAAUUUUGGGCUUGUGCAAUAUAUGAUAUAAGUAUUAAUAUGAAUUAAUAUUAAUGGAGCUUUAAAUACGGGCAGUAUGUCUCUUGAGAUUUUUUCUGAGAACUAUUGAAGUGGUAUUCAAGGUAACAAACACUGAAGUAUAUUCUAAUAAUCCAGCAUGAUUUCUGCAUCUAGGCUGCAUGCUUUUUCUUUCUUUUGUACUCUGUACCGAUGUUAGCAUUUGAUUUUUCUCAGAAAGUUGACACAUUGAUUCAGUGUGCUCUUACAAUGAUACUUUAAAUAUUUUAAUGCCUCAUUCCGUAGCACUUCUUGUGUUUAGAUUGUUUAGACUAGAUGCAUUUCCUUAGUAUUUCUUGAAAUAUUUUCUUCAUGUUUUCAACUGUAGAAAGAAAUAAAGAAUAUAAAUAUAUACUUA